CUCAGUUGGUAGAGCUCAAGGCUCUUAACCUUGUGGUCGUGGGUUCGAGACCCACGGUGGGCGUUUCUUUUUUUCUUUUCUUGAAGGAAAAAAAAAACUUUUCGGUGGAAAAAUUAAUAAUUUUGGAUUUGAAGGAAAAUAAUAAUAACUUCAAUAAUUAGAGAGGUCAGUGGGAUAUACUCCAACCACGUUCGUUCAAUCACACAACUCGCUCUCUCCAUUCGUUCGUUCCAGGAUUUGUGGAGCGGUUUGAUUUGAUAUUGAUCUGCGACAAUGGGAGCGGCUGGUAUCGACAUGGAUGAAGGAGCUCUCGAGAUCGGAAUGGAGUACAGAACUGUCUCAGGGGUUGCUGGACCUUUAGUCAUUCUUGAGAAAGUGAAGGGGCCAAAGUACCAGGAGAUUGUUAAUAUUCGCUUAGGUGAUGGAUCUAUGAGACGUGGUCAGGUUCUGGAAGUUGAUGGCGAGAAAGCUGUUGUCCAGGUUUUUGAAGGAACAUCUGGGAUUGACAACAAAUUUACCACCGUUCAGUUCACAAGGUUUAAACGGCUCCUCCGCAUAUUUCCAUUUUGCCAGGCAUACCUUGAUAUCUCUGGAAGUUCAAUCAACCCCAGUGAGAGAACCUACCCUGAAGAGAUGAUACAAACAGGGAUUUCUACCAUUGAUGUCAUGAACUCCAUCGCUCGUGGACAGAAGAUUCCUCUUUUCUCUGCUGCUGGUCUACCUCAUAACGAAAUCGCUGCUCAAAUUUGUCGUCAGGCUGGUCUUGUUAAGCGGUUGGAGAAGACUGAGAACCUAAUUGAGGACCAUGGAGAGGACAACUUUGCAAUGUUUUUUGCAGCUAUGGGUGUAAAUGAGACGGCUCAGUUCUUCAAAGCGUGAUUUGAAGAAAAUGGAUCAAUGGAAAGAGUUACUCUUUUCCUGAACCUGGCAAAUGACCCGACCAUCGAGAGAAUUAUCACUCCUCGAAUUGCCCUCACGACCGCAGAGUAUUUAGCUUAUGAAUGUGGGAAGCAUGUGCUUGUUAUAUUGACAGACAUGAGUUCCUAUGCAGAUGCUCUUCGUGAGGUCUCUGCUGCUCGAGAAGAAGUACCUGGGAGACGUGGAUAUCCGGGUUAUAUGUACACAGAUCUUGCAACUAUCUAUGAGCGUGCAGGGCGUAUUGAAGGAAGAAAGGGUUCCAUUACCCAAAUCCCUAUCCUCACUAUGCCCAAUGAUGACAUCACUCACCCUACUCCGGAUCUUACUGGUUAUAUUACUGAGGGUCAGAUAUACAUUGACAGGCAACUUCACAACAGACAGAUAUAUCCACCCAUCAACGUGCUUCCAUCACUUUCUCGAUUAAUGAAGGUAGCUAAACCAUUAGCAUCGUCAUAUGGUAUUGGUGAGGGAAUGACUCGCCGUGACCAUUCUGAUGUGUCCAACCAGCUAUACGCAAACUAUGCAAUCGGGAAGGAUGUUCAAGCCAUGAAAGCUGUAGUUGGAGAAGAAGCUCUUUCUUCUGAAGAUCUGCUGUAUUUAGAGUUUCUGGACAAAUUUGAGAGGAAGUUUGUGAUGCAAGGAGCAUACGAUACAAGAAACAUCUUCCAGUCACUUGACUUGGCAUGGACACUGCUCCGUAUCUUCCCUCGUGAGCUUCUUCACCGUAUUCCAGCCAAAACACUUGAUCAAUUCUACAGCCGCGACUCCACAAGCUAAAGCUUUCUUAAACAGCCUCUAUGUUGCUCCAUUCUUAUUUGGAAGUUUGGAACUUUUAAUUAUGUCUCGAGAAGAAAAAACAAGAUUGCGUGAGAAAAAAAACUCAGAAUUGUGAUUUGGGAUUAUUCUUUUGUUUUUCAUUUGUAUAAUAAAGGCUUUGUGUAGGAAAGCCUAGUAACACAAACGCUGUUUAUAAGCCUUGUGUUUUUGUCUUCCAAACUGGUGAAUCAUGUAUUUCUCUUUUGUAAUAAUCUAUUCCUUGAACACUCUUAUUAUACAUAUGUGCCAUAUCUU